AUGAUUGUAUCAGCUAUGACAAGAGAUAGAUGUAUGAUGCUGCGUAAUAAUCUACACGUCGUUGAUUCGGAUUACCCAAAAGUCUCUGACGUAGGAAAUCCACUCUGGAAGGUGCAACCCGUAAUCAAUGCUGUUCGAAACGGUUGCCACAAAUUAGAAAGGACUCCGAGAAGGUAUUCAGUGGAUGAACAGAUGAUUCCAUUUACUGGCAAAUGCCACAUGAGGCAACUAGUUAAAAACAAGCCUCGACCAGUUGGCUUGAAAAAUUUUGUUGUAACAACCAGCGAGGGAUUGAUGCUAGACUUUGAAAUAUACUUUGGUAAUAAUCCAGCUCUAUUGCAUCCUCUCGGUCUUGGUCCUGGUGUAGUUCUCCGCCUGAGUCAAAGUAUUCCUCCUGGAAGCUGUAUCUUCUUUGAUCGGUUUUUUACAACUAUCCCUUUGUUGGAAGAAUUAAAAAACCGUGGUUAUCAUGGCACAGGGACGAUAAUGGCUAACCGGAUUCCUAAUCGUAAACAGCUCAGCUUCAAAGAAGACAAAAAGAUGUCUCGGGGCGAGGUUGACCAAAGAAUCUCGGAUGAUAUAGUUUUGGUCAAGUGGAAAGACAGUAAGGCUGUUUUGGUGGCAUCAAACUGUACUGGCGGCACGGGAAUUGACAUAGUACAGCGCUACGAAAAAAAGGAAAAGCACUACGUAGAUGUUGAUGCUCCGAAGAUUGUGACAUCUUACAAUGCAUUUAUGGGCGGAGUGGAUGUUUUAGACCAAUCCCUAGAAUAUUAUAGAACAUUUAUGAAGACCCGCAAGUGGACAUUAAAAGUCAUACUUCACUUCAUCGAUUUGGCCGUUGUGAACUCUUGGCGACUGUACAGAAAUGAAAUGCUGGCAAAUAAUACUCCAAAAUCAAAGAUACAGGAUCUACUGUCAUUCAGAUUCGAAAUGGGAGAAACUCUACUUAACACUCCCAGCAGAGAACGCCACGAAUCGUCUCCCGAAGUAGAACCACAAGAACAGCCUUUAGUCAGAUACAGGCCAGCUAAUGAUCCGUCGGUAGGGAAGAGAUAUGAUGG